AUGCUGCUGUCCACGCGAACUUCUUCGCUUGACCUGUCUGGGUCUUCUUCAACCCAUGCGACACCCCUAAACACCAUCGAUCCGAAUCGCCUUUACGCCCCCUCUCCCCUUUCAAGUCCUUUAGCGUCUCCUCGAGAGGGUUCCGCACCUGUCCCGUCCUCCCCGCAUUCAAAGACGGCCGCCUUCUUCGCCUCCCCGCCAUCCUCUCCCAGACCUCCAUCACAUGCGGAACUUGCGCAUCCCGCAUGCCUAAUGCCAGGCCAUCAAAGCUCGAACAAACGUUCUUUGACUGCAGACUUCUUCUCGGCGCCUUUCUCUCGGCCAACACCGCCCCCAAGUCUGCGCUCAGUGCCAUCGAACAACUCUAUCUCAUCGCGAACAGAUAGCAUAUCUUCGGUCGAUACGCCUGAAGAUGCUCAUGUUUCAUUGGCAUCCGCCGGGUCUCUCGUAACACCUCCAUCCAAGACCAACUCUUUCUUCUCCACUUCGUUGGCGCCGUCACCUACACCACCGGCAAGUUCCUCUGGUCGUUCUCUGACCGAGGAUUUCUUCUCAACUGUCUCGCCGCGGCCUACACCCCCGCCCAGCCUACGCUCUGUCCCGUCAAAUGCAUCUCUAUCGUCACAGGUCUCGCUCUCGCACGAGGGUUCCUUCCGGCCAGGGCCACAUGAUGACGUGACGCCCAAGCCCAAGGCGACGCUGCCUCCUCUUGCGCGCCUAUUUCCCUCGCGCUUCACCGCGCAACGAGAGGAUUCGUCUCUUCUGGCGCACGCCGAGAGCCUCACUCAUUCACCUCGUCGCACGUUCGUGGAGCUUGAUGAAGCGCCGGACGGCACGCUGACCACGUCCCCCUCUUCCGCCGAGUUCGCGCCGAUUUCAUUACCUUCGCACCGGGAUAUCCCGCACGAAGAAGCGGCCGCAAGUAGCUCGAGCGCUCUGGUCUCUUCGCCGGGGGACGUCAUUCGCGACUCGCAGAGCGACUCGGCGUGGGAGCUCGUCAGUGAAAUCGGCCAGGGCGCCUUCAGUCAUGUGUGGAAGGGCCGCGCGGUUGGCAGCGGGGACAUCGUGGCCGUCAAGGUUCUCGCGCGGCGAACCGCGCGCCACCGCGCUCACCGGGCCGAGCGCGCCGCCUAUCAGCGCGAAGUCGAUGUGCUACGGCAUCUUUCGUCUGCGUCGCAUCCCGCUCUGCCCACACUGCACGCAGCAUUCUCGCAAGACUCUUCAGACGUCCUCGUACUGGAGUAUAUCGGAGGCGGCGAACUGUUGGAUCUCGUAAACUCGGACACGGCGUACGCACAGUUCACCGAAGGUGUAUUACGACGAAUGUGGCACGAAUUAGUUGGCGUCGUCGCUUGGAUCCAUGAGCGCAACGUUGUCCACCGAGACAUCAAGCUUGAGAAUAUUCUUCUCACGGCGCGGUUUGGAUCUGAGCCUCUGCCAGGCCCUUCACAGCCUAUUCUGAAGCUUACUGACUUCGGUCUUGCGCGUGCAAUCGACCCGGCAGACCCAUGGCUUCGUACGCGCUGCGGCUCGGAGUCCUACGCUGCGCCAGAGCUCCUGCUCGCAAACGCCACGUCAGACGAUGAAGGCUCAGAUGAAGAUCUGUUGCGCAUCGGCCCGCAUCUCUCACGCGCACCGACGGAUGGCGGGCGCCAUCGCGUUAGCCGCAUCGGGGCAGGAUCGUCUGGCAACGGACGUCACCAGCCUCGCCGUGAGGGCGCAUACGACGGCCGCGAGACGGAUGCGUGGGCGCUCGGCGUUGUCCUUUACGCGCUCGCUUCUCGCGCGUUGCCAUUCAAUCCACCCCCAGAACUUGAGGACAGAUUGCCUCGCUACGCGCCAGCACGCGAGCGAGAGCGACGCGAUGGAGAACGACGUGCAUGGAUCAAGCGCGUGCUCGCUUGUCGCGUCGAGUGGCCGGACUCGGAGUCACCGUCUCCGCCAUCCUCAUCCGACGGGCAUGACGGCCACGAAGAGGAUGAGGAAGCCGAAGUCGUCGGUGAUGCUCUUGCAACGCUUGAGCCAGUGCGGCGCAUCGUUGGUCGGCUGCUCGUGCGCGAUCCCAAGGCAAGAGCUACCUGCGCUGAACUGCUCGACGUAUGGUGA